GGCUGGCCCCCAGCCAUGUGGUGGGGCCACGGCGUGCCAAAAGGAGCCCCCUGGGACGUGGCCCCUCUGCACGGGCACCUGCAGCGUGAUGAGCUCCUCUCCCUUUUCUCCUUCCCCAGCAUCUCCAGCAAAGAGCUGACCGAGCUCAUCGAGCGCCUGCAGAAAAAUGCCGACCAAGUGGAGAAGAACAUCGUGGAGACUGACUCCCGAAUGCAGAAUGACUUGCACAAGAUCAAGGCAUGCCAGCUAGCACAGUACAAGGAGCUGACAGCUCAGAAGCUGACGGAGUCGGACAAGCUGCUCUAUGUGCUGGAUGGGGAUGCAGCCGUUGCCAGGCACAUGAAGCACCCCCAGGGGGACAUGAUCACUGAGGACAUCCGGCAGCUGAAGGAACGAGUGGCAAAUCUACGUGUGAAACAUGACCAGAUCUACAACUUCCCCCUGCAGCACAUUGAGCCCCAGGUCAACUGGUGCACUGUGAUCGAGGAGAAACAGGAUGCGUUGUGUGGCAAGGGCUUUGGGACCGAUCUGCCGCUGGUCAACAGCCAAGUAGAAGAGCACAACAUCUUCCACAAUGAGGUCAUGGCCAUCGGCCCACACAUCACCAAGGAAGGCAACAAGGGAUACACGAGCGACCUCCAAGCCAAGUUCCAGAAGCUGCUGGCCAGCUCGCAGCAGCGGCAGCAGGACCUGAACUCGCUGCAGGACUACAUGCAGCGCUGCACCAACAAGCUCUACUGGCUGGAUCAGCAGGCAAAGGACCGCACGCACUACGACUGGAGCGACCACAACCUGGACUACCCCAGCCGGCGCCGCCAGUACGAGAACUUCAUCCACCGGAAGCUGGAGGAGAAGGAGGAGGCCAUUAACAAGCUGCAUGCAGAUGGAGAUCAGCUGCUGGCCCAGAACCAUCCUGGGAAGAAUGCCAUUGAGGCACACAUUGAGGCGGUCCACGCCGACUGGAAGGAGUAUCUCAACUUCCUGAUCUGCGAGGAGAGCCACCUCAAGUUCAUGGAGGACUUCCACAAGGUACCAGACUGCUGGGACUGGGCCUUAGGAACUGAGACUGGGACCCUUAAAGGCCACUUGGUCCCAACCCUGCGAUGAACAGGGACACCCACA